AUGGUUAAAUCUAAUAGAUGGAGUUUCAAUAUUCCCAUGACUGUAUAUCUAAUAUUUUAUAAUUUUCAUUAUUGUUGUUUGAGUUGUUUUGGCCCAUCAGAAACUCUUUGCAUAACCUGUCUAGAUGAAGAAUCUACAAAUACGAGUGUAUAAUUCAGGUAAAAGCAGCUUUCGAUGUAGAUGCUCUUACUGAGAGAAUGAAAAUACUCUAUGUGUGAAUAAGAAAUCAAUAUUACUUUUAGAAAGUUUAUAAUAUUUUUAAGAUAUUCCUAUUUUUGAAAGUGAAGAUUUUAAUUUUUUUGCAUGUGGUUUAGGUUAAUUUGAGAGAUAGUUUGGGCAAGUAAUAUAUUGUGCUGAUUGUUUAUGCAAUAAGGACCCAGAUUUCAUUAAUAGAAGGAAAUUAUUAUAUAUUGAUUGUCUGAAUUAAUAGAAGACAUGAUAUUCAAAUUUAAUUUGAACAGAAGACUACGUAUAACUAAUUUCAAGCUCAACAAGCACUUAUUAAAAGUAGGCCAGAAAACCAAUAGAAAAUGAAUAUUUAAUCUUAAAUUUCAAUUCUAAAGAUCGAGCUUAGUUAAGGUUUCUUAGAAGAAAUAAUUGCUAAUUCUGAUUAUAUUCUGGGACUAAAUUUUGAGAAAGAAAUACAAAUUGAAUACGAAACAUAUUAUUUAAUUAUUAGCUGAAAAUGCAUAAAUAACAACAGUAAUUGCUAAUACUGUAAAUAAUGAAUGUCUGUAAUUUGGGGCGAAUUGCAAUAUAUGCUAACCAGGAAUACCAAAAGAUGGAGAUUUCCUUUAAAUGUAGUGUUUUAAGAAUAUUGAUAUCAAAGAAUUUUUUAUUGACGCUGAUCAUAUUAAUUGCAAACCAAAAACAAUGCCUCAUUACAUUUAAUAAUAUCAAGAAUUCUAUCAUCACUCUGUAAUUAAGAAUGAUUGA